CAUCCAAAUACUCUUCCUUCCAUACUUUCGUACUUGGCCGAUUCAGAAGUUGCAGAACUUAAAAAAAAGAAACCUUACAUUUGCAGAAAAAAGGGAUAGUGAGAGGAGAGAGAGCCAUUUCAUAUGAAAGAAAUAAAACUCUCCAUUUCCUUUUCCUUCAACUGAAAAAGACAGAGAAGCACAUAUUACUUAACAUAUUCAUAAACCCUCUAAACCCUGGUCUGAACCACCAUGCCCUGUUCGACUCUCUUUCACGGCUAUAUCAGAACCAUGUCUCUAGGACCCACUACCACCACCACCACCAAUUCUCUUGCUCUCUUCAAGACCCACCGCAAGUUUAUGGCAGUUGAACCUCCUCGGUUGCUGGGUUUUUUCGCCAGGCACCGGACCUACUAUACCCGCAAUGUUGGCUUCUGGAAUGUCUACCGGGCGCCGCGUUACUUGGCUUGCCGAGAACUCACAUGCUUGGCUUCUUCCGGGACCGUUGAGGUGAAUGGGGGUCAGAGCCGGCAGCGGCAGCGGCAGAAAGGGGCUGCUACGCCGCCGUUGUGGCAGCAGCAGAGUCUGAAUUACGGCCGCUAUGCUUAUCAGGAUGCGUCAAGCAGUGAGGAUUCGGACCGCGAAGUCGGGUCUUCUAGGAAAGAACCGUGUGGUUCAACUCUUGAUAACAUUGAUGAAUGGAGUUGGAAAUUAACCAUGUUGCUCCGUAAUGAGGAAGAACAAGAAGUGAUUUCAAGAGAGAAAAAAGACAGGCGUGAUUUUGAUCAACUUUCAGCAUUGGCAGCCAGAAUGGGUUUAUAUAGCCGUCAAUAUAACAAAGUAGUCGUCUUUAGUAAAGCUCCUCUACCAAACUACCGAUCAGAUUUGGAUACUAAGCGCCCACAGAGAGAGGUGAUAAUACCUUAUGGACUUCAAUCAGAAGUAGACUAUCUUCUUAGAGCCCAUCUCUCUCAAAAGGCAAGUGGCAGGGAAGGUUUAUCAGAUAAUUUAUUGUCAAGAUCAAGCAGCAGGGAUAGCAUUGUCUCUGAUGAGGGGUUUUAUGAGCAGCAGGAGCCAUCAGUCCGUCGUAGUGUUGCUAUGGAAAAAAUCCUUCAACACAAAAGUUUGAACAUGCGUAAUCAGCAGCAAGAAUGGCAGGAAUCUCCUGAAGGUCAAAAGAUGCUUGAACUUCGUAAAAGUCUUCCAGCAUAUAAAGAGAGAGAAGCAUUGCUAAAAGUUAUAUCAGAAAAUCAGGUUGUUGUCGUUUCAGGUGAAACUGGUUGUGGUAAAACUACACAACUUCCUCAGUACAUUUUAGAAUCUGAGAUUGAAGCUGCUCGCGGAGCUUUCUGUAAUAUUAUAUGUACACAACCCCGGCGGAUAUCAGCCAUGUCUGUUUCUGAAAGAGUUGCUGCAGAAAGGGGAGAGACACUGGGGGAAUCUGUGGGUUAUAAAGUUCGUCUGGAAGGAAUGAAAGGCAGGGACACUCGACUUCUUUUCUGCACAACUGGCAUAUUGUUGAGGAGAUUGCUUGUUGAUAGAACCUUGAGAGGUGUUACACAUGUUAUUGUUGAUGAGAUUCAUGAACGUGGGAUGAAUGAAGAUUUUCUUCUUAUUGUUCUGAAAGAACUUCUUCCUCGCCGACCAGAGCUGAGAUUAAUUUUGAUGAGUGCAACUCUAAAUGCUGACCUUUUCUCUUCUUUCUUUGGUGGGGCUCCAACAAUGCAUAUUCCUGGUUUUACAUACCCAGUUCGAGCACAUUUUCUGGAGAACAUUUUGGAAAUUACAGGAUAUCAGUUAACUCAAUAUAAUCAAAUUGAUGAUUAUGGGCAAGAAAAGUCGUGGAAAAUGCAAAAGCAAGCUCAGUCUGUAAGAAAAAGAAAGAGUCAGAUUGCGUCUUCGGUUGAGGAUGCACUUGAAGCUGCUGAUUUUAGGGAGUAUAAUCCAAAGACUCGGGAGUCUUUAUCUUGUUGGAAUCCUGACUCAAUUGGAUUUAACCUUAUCGAGUGUGUGCUUUGUCACAUUAUCCGGAAAGAAAGGUCUGGUGCUAUUUUAGUUUUUAUGACUGGCUGGGAUGACAUUAACUCUUUAAAGGAUCAGCUUCAGUCGCAUCCUCUCUUGGGAGAUCCUAGCAGGGUAUUGCUGCUAGCAUGUCAUGGUUCGAUGCCCAGCUCUGAACAGAAAUUAAUAUUUGAUAAGCCAGAAGAUGGAGUGAGGAAAAUUGUACUCGCUACGAACAUGGCUGAGACUAGCAUCACUAUUAAUGAUGUAGUUUUUGUUGUUGACUGUGGAAAAGCAAAAGAGACAUCAUAUGAUGCACUAAAUAACACCCCUUGUUUGCUUCCAUCCUGGAUUUCAAAGGCUGCUGCACGCCAAAGAAGGGGAAGAGCUGGUCGUGUUCAGCCAGGUGAGUGUUACCAUCUAUAUCCAAGAUGUGUAUAUGAUGCGUUUUCUGAUUACCAGCUCCCAGAGCUUUUGAGAACACCAUUGCAGUCGUUGUGUUUGCAAAUCAAGAGCUUACGACUUGGAAGUAUUUCAGAGUUUCUAUCUAAGGCUCUGCAACCUCCAGAACCUUUAUCAGUUCAAAAUGCUGUUGAAUAUUUGAAGAUCAUUGGAGCUUUGAAUGAAGAUGAAAAUCUAACAAGUUUAGGACGCAACCUGUCAAUGCUUCCAGUUGAGCCUAAACUUGGAAAGAUGCUCAUAUUAGGAGCUAUUUUCAAUUGUCUUGAUCCUGUAAUGACUGUUGUUGCGGGCCUUAGUUCCAGAGAUCCAUUCCUGAUGCCUUUUGACAAGAAGGAUUUAGCAGAGUCAGCAAAAGCACAGUUCUCAGCUCGUGAGUACAGUGAUCAUCUGGCACUGGUUCGUGCUUAUGAGGGUUGGAAAGAAGCUGAAAGAGAGCAAUCUGGUUACGAGUAUUGCUGGCGGAAUUUUCUUUCUGCACAAACUUUAAAAGCAAUUGACUCUCUUCGGAAACAGUUUUUUUAUUUGCUGGAGGAUACUGGUCUGGUUGAUCGCUAUAGAGAAAGCUGUAACACAUGGAGCCAUGAUGAGCAUCUUAUCCGUGCAAUCAUUUGUGCAGGCUUGUUCCCUGGGUUAUGCUCUGUUAUGAACAAGGAAAGAUCGAUAGUGUUAAAGACAAUGGAGGAUGGCCAAGUACUUCUAUAUUCGAAUUCUGUGAAUGCUGGGGUACCGAAGAUACCAUAUCCAUGGUUAGUUUUCAAUGAAAAGGUGAAAGUAAACUCGGUUUUCCUCCGAGAUUCAACCGCUGUUUCUGAUUCUGUGCUUCUUCUAUUUGGAGGGAGCAUUACCAGGGGUGGACUAGAUGGGCAUCUAAAAAUGUUAGGAGGAUACUUGGAAUUUUUUAUGAAACCUGCUCUAGCAGAAACAUACAUUUAUUUGAAGAAGGAGCUCGAUGAACUGAUUCAGAUGAAGCUCCUGAAUCCCAAGCUAGAUAUACAAUCCCAUCCUGAGCUCCUUUCUGCUUUAAGAUUACUGGUUUCAGGGGACCAAUGUGAGGGAAGAUUCGUCUUUGGUCGCCAGAUACCGAUCCCGAAAAAGGCAAAAAAAGAGAUACCACCUGUUGCAAAAGGAGGCAAUAAUGGUUCUGGUGGGAAUAAUUCCAAAAAUCAUCUGCAGACAUUGCUAGCCAGAGCUGGACAUGAAUCGCCCACUUACAAGACAAAACAAUUGAAAAAUAACCAGUUCCGUUCAACAGUGAUCUUCAAUGGGUUAGAUUUUGCGGGGAGUCCUUGCAGCAGUAAGAAACUUGCAGAGAAAGAUGCAGCCUCUGAGGCUUUGCUAUGGUUGCAGGGGGAGAACCAUUCAUCUUCCUCCAAUGUUGACCACAUGUCGAUGCUCUUGAAGAAGACCAGCAAAAAGAAGAGUCAGAAAAGGAAGUCUUUUCAAGAUGCCAAGUGGGGCUAAGGAGGGUCAAAGAAUGAUACUAUAUGCCUGAUUCUUUUUCACCAACCAGCGUUUCUUGUCAUUUUCAAAUUGGUUCAGGUAAUGCUGCUGGACAGUCAAUAUAUAUAUAUAUUUAUAUAUGAUGAUGAUAAUGGAGCUGCAGCCGUAAGAUGCUAAACAAACCAAACCCUCGUGUUUGUUUGCAAGGAUUGAAUUGCAUUACGUUCUUCAAAAGGAUUGAAUCAGUAUUUUUUUGAGGGGGAAAAGAGAUGAUAUUACAUUCUUCGCCGACAGAAGAUGGAGAAUUUUUUUUAUCAGUUCCGUUGAAGUAAUAUACUUGACAUUUUGUUUUUCAGUCCUAUAGAGUCGGGGAUCACAUUGAUCCAAGCUUCUUGCUCCAUUAGGUAACUGCUUAACUUUUGUAUAUAAUAAUAAUAUUAGUGUUAGUAAAUUAAGGAAUUAGCACAAUGAAAAGGGUUAGAUAAAGAGAGAACAUGUUUUACGUGGGCAAAAGCCUUGUACCUCAUAUUUAACUUCUAUAUUAUUAUUAUUAUUAUUA